AUGGUGAGUCCCUGGAGAACGCACUCCGACAUUGCAACGGGCACCAUCCAUAUUGGGCUCUCGGCCACUCGCCCAGGCCUUGUGUGGGACCCACCACAGACGACAGAGUACAUGGGCAGCUCACCACAACUCGACCCGGCCAAGUGGGUCGAGGGGCUCAACACGACCUUCAAGCGUGGAGAUGUCAACGCCGGUGGAGGCUACUGUGUCAUCCGGUGGUCUUCGGUCUCCGAGCUCGAGGACAUCCUCACAGACAUGGGUAACCUGCAGGUGCGCAGUCUGGGGGUCGUCAAGAUCUCGCCGCCGGCGGCCCACUCGUUCUGCCUCGACCACCUCUUCUCCACAAUGUCCAUCCCGCAGCUGCGGAGGCUGUACCUGUCCAAUUCGGUGCCCUUUCCCCCGCUAUCUGUGCUCGACCUGGCCGACUAUCUCCGGCACUCGGGCUCGUUUGGCCUCGAGGAGAUUGCCCUCGAUAUCUCGCGCCUAUCCAUAGCGGAUAUUGCGGCUUUGGCCGAGGCGCUGGAGUACAACCCUGCGUCGACGCUCCGCCGCAUCGACCUGCUGGACGGCACGGCGCUCAGUGCCGAAUUCUACAGGCUUCAAGACUCGGGCGGGUGCGUGCCGACCAGCAGAUGGGAGCUCGAGGGCCAUUAUGACGCCCGCGGGAUGCUCUACAACCGCAUCGAGGCCAGCCUCGCAAGAAACGCCGUGAGCAACGACCGUGCCCUGAGUGCGGCGAAGCACUCUCUCGUGCUCGCUCGCAUCGUCCUCCGCGGUCGUCCAGCCGGCCCGAGCGCAGCCCGCGGGUACCUCUCGCGCGGUGACCGGGAGCAGCUGCAGCAUCAGCAGCCCAAGGGGUGCAAGGCAUCGAAGGAAGUCGUUCCCUGGGGUGCCGAGGAAAAGGCGGCCGUCCGCAAGCGCAAGAUGUCGAGGUGGUUUGGCGGUGCCAAGUUCAGCGCGCCGGGCGAGUAUGCGUCGCACAUGCCGCAGCAGCCGCACGCGCACAGGCAUCAGGAAAGCAGCUCUUCUGGCGCCUCCAGCCCCGUGAUGGACAGCCCUUCGUCGCGCAGCCGCACGCUGUCGUCGUCGUCGUCGAGCACGGGGCACGGCCACCAGGCUCUGUCGUUUUCGCCCAUACCCGACAUGCCGCAGUUGUUCACCCACUUUCCCAUCCUCCGACUACCGCAGCGCGUGCGCCUCGAGAUUCUCAAGCACGGGUCUGGGGAUGCUGCUGCCUUGACGUCGGACCAGUAUGCGCGGCUGUUCAAACACGCUGAAGAUGCGGUCGCGCUCAAGGUGCUCAUCGACGAGGUUCGAGACCGGACGUACGCGGGGCAGAGCUGGAAGGAGGCCAUGGGGGAGUGGAUGGCCAACGGCAAGUUCUAUUACGAGCCGGUGGGCGCGUGA